AUGACGUACCUGAGAUCCUUCCUGAUCAAAAAGGGGUUCUCCAUCAGUAUACUAGUGUACUUUGGCAAUACCCCCCUGAAGUAUGGCUUGAAAACUGAGCGCAUGCUCACGGUGCCUCUAGCAACAAUGAUACCUAGAACCGUUACAUAUCUUCUGGUAGAGAUUGAGUAUCAAAAAGCAAACGAGGUCCGAGCAGCCAGAAUCAACAACAGCCAAUACGAUUUGAUGUCCAGUAGCAAAGCAGCUGAGCACUAUAUGCGACUAUCAUACAUCCUGGCCACGCAUGCUGUUACUUCUGAUCUAAAUUCAGCAGUCCUAUCACUUUGUACAUGGGUCAGACAGACAUACCGCAAGCACAGAGCAGUAGCUGUAAAGGUUCUUCAGCAAAUGUUUCACAAGCAGUCGAUCAUUUUUGAGGAAGCGAUUACAUCAUAUAUCGCAAAUCUUGGAAGGUUGGACAGGAUGGUGUGA